CACAAUCAUGACGGGUUGUAAGCCUUGAUUUUGUUGCUUUUAUGAUACAUUGCACAGAACAACUUUGAAAUAGUAUCGAAGGUCAAAAAGGAAGAGAAAACUCUUGUCAUUCUGCCCACAGGAACAUCAAGGUACUUUACACAAAAUAUUCCGAUAUCUUAUUUGGUGGAUAUUGUGUGAUGGAGAUGAUGAUUACAGAAAGGAAAUAUAAAUUCACUGAUUAGGAAUUUUAAGCAGUUUUGAAAGGAAAUAGUAAUAACAGAAAUAAAAAUACUUACAACGGGGAUAUGGAAUACACAUUGAGUGUCCCAGUGUGUUUGGUACUUGACGGCAAUCGUUGUUUCAUAAAACCAGGAGCCUAAUUUUAGCAAACACAUACUAGGAUUGUACUCACAAGGCAAGAGAUAAGCAAACCUUCUGUCAUUCAUCAAACAUUCAUGUGACUUAUCAAAUCUAUAAAUUUCUUAGAUAGCUGAUUAGCGAUUUCACUGGAUUGAAGAAUCGACAAUGGAAAUAUAUGUUUGUCUUUUAUUCCUGUCUGUUUGUCUGUCCGACAUGCCUGUUAUCGCUGACGAAGGAUGCUGUGGAAAGGCACAAGCUGGUCAAUGCCCAAAAUGCUGCAACAACUAUUAUUUGGUCGACGGAAAUUGCUCUGAAUGUGAGCCCGGAUUCUUUGGGGAGAAUUGCUCCGAUGUAUGUGUUUAUCCUUAUUUUGGCCUCAAAUGUUUACAGGAGUGUCGAUGUGACAAGCAUCUAUGUGACCCAGUCACGGGCUGUCAUGAGGAAAGUACCACAAAAGGCACCACAAACACAUCAGUUAAUCUGACUGAAUUUGGACACAAAACUGAUGAAAAUGUUCAAUGGAUGACCAAUUUUAUUGACAGUUCCCAUCUACAAAUAGUUUUUACUGUCGGUGGCGUGGCGCUCGGAUUUUGUAUUCUUACAAUAGUAUUACUUGUAAUCAUGAUUAUUCGAAGACAGCAAACCAGUCGAGAUCUGGAUGUAGAAUAUCACGAACUACAGAUGUUAGGUCAUCACAAGGAAAAUCUUGAGCGGAAGGCUACUCCCGUGGAAAUGAACACCUAUAGAAGCAUAAGAAAGGUGGCAUCCAAACCAAGAUCUUCUGACAACUCGAGCUCUCAUUGUUAUCAAGAUAUACAAGAAUACAUGAGUAUUGAUGGAAAUGCUGAAAUACGUGACACAGAAAAAAAUGACAAAGGUUUGUGCGAGUACCUAAAAAUGGAAGAUCCUUCAAUGACAGACGAUGGGUAUCAAAUCCCCAUCGUCAAAGAGGCAAUGUUAUCAAAGAAUUAGCAUAUGAAUUAAUAAAUCUCCUAAAAAAAAAUGAAUUUUCGAAUUAGGUUUUACUCUUAAAGAAAAGAAAAAUAAAUAUCAGGUUUGACUCUUACAGAAAAAAAGAAAAAUAUUAUUUUUUCA